AUGCGUUCUGCUCUGGGUUUCGCCUUUUCCGCCCUCAGUGGCGUGGCAUUGGCACAGACAGGUCUCAAGGCCGAGGGAACAAACUUCACCUUGACUGGUGAUGGCAUGUCCUAUCUCUUCCACGUUGACCCCAAGUCGGGCGAAGUGGUUGGCGAUCACUUCGGAGGCACUGUCACCGAAUUCGUACCUCCGGCGCCCAUCAGCACUCAAGGCUGGCACGAUGGACUCGCUCUCGUAAAGAGAGAAUUCCCAGAUGUUGGACGCAGCGAUGUCCGACUUCCAGCCAUCCAUAUCCGCCACGCCGAUGGCAACACUGUCACAGCAUUCGCAUAUCAGUCUCACGAGGUCAUCGAAGGCAAGCCGGCACUUCCGGGACUCCCUGCCACAUUCGGAAAUGCCAGCGACGUCUCGACUGUCAAGGUGACUCUCUACGAUAACUACUCCGACGUCACCGCCGUGCUCUCGUACUCCGUCUUCCCUCGCUACAAUGCCAUCGCACGAAGCUUCCAGAUUCACAACAAUGGCACCGAGGACAUUGUCAUUGAGCGUGCAGCAUCCUUCAGCGUUGAUCUGCCGAAUCUUGAUCUAAACAUGGUCGAGCUGCAGGGUGACUGGUCGCACGAGAUGAACAAGGUCAUUCGCAAAGUGCAGUAUGGCGAGACCGGCUUCCGCAGCACCGAGGGCUACUCGUCCCACCUUCACAACCCCUUCUUCGCACUCAUCGACCCAACUACCACGGAAUCGACCGGUGAGGCAUGGGGCUUCAACUUGGUCUACACCGGUAGUUUCGCCGCCACCGCUGAGCGAUUCUCUCACGGCUACGUGCGUGUCCUGCUCGGACUCAACGAGCUUCACAGCACUUUGUCCGUGGCCCCAGGCGAGACCUUCACCUCUCCAGAAGCCGUAGCUGUCUACUCUUCCGAAGGACUGGGAGGCAUGAGCAGGAGCUUCCACAGCCUCUAUCGCAACCACCUAUCGAGAUCACACUUCACUCACGAGACACGUCCUAUCCUCCUCAACUCGUGGGAGGGCUUGGGCUUCGGCUACAACGACACCUCCAUGGUAAGGCUGGCUGGAGAGGCAGAGGCUCUCGGUGUCAAGCUCUUCGUCAACGACGAUGGAUGGUUCGGCACGGACUUUCCUCGUAACAACGAUACUCUUGGUCUCGGAGACUGGACCCCCAACCCAGCCAAGUUCCCCAACGGUCUCGGUCCUUAUGUCGCCGCAGUGAACAACAUCACCACUGAGGGAGCUGAUGCUUCUCCGAUGAAGUUUGGUCUCUGGGUCGAGCCGGAGAUGAUCAACCCCAACUCUACCUUGUACCGCGAGCACCCAGAAUGGGUUAUGAAGUCUGGACAACACAAGCAGACCUUGACCAGAAGUCAGCUGGUGUUGAACGUCGCCCUUCCCGAAGUGCAAGAAUUCAUCAUCAACUUCGUGUCUGAACUGAUCGACAACGCAAACGUCGAAUACAUCAAGUGGGACAACAACCGUGCUAUCCACGAGAUGCCAAGCCCAUCGACCGACCACAAGUACAUUCUCGGCCUCUACCACAUCAUCGACACCCUCACCACCAAGUAUCCACAAGUUCUUUGGGAAGGCUGCGCUUCCGGUGGUGGUCGUUUUGAUGCCGGUCUGCUUCACUACUGGCCUCAAUCCUGGACUUCGGACAACACCGACGGCUCUGACCGCCUGACGAUCCAGAUGGGCACUUCUCUCGCCUACCCUCCAUCCGCCAUGGGUUGCCACGUGUCCAAGGUGCCAAACGGAUUGAACGGCCGCAACAUCUCAAUCGAGUAUCGUGCUCACGUCGCCCUCAUGUGCGGCUCCUUCGGUUUCGAACUCAACCCACACGAGCUCACUCCUGAGGAGACUUCCGCCAUUCCAGAGAUCAUGGAGAUUGCCAACCGUAUUGGCCCGAUCGUCAUCUCUGGCGACUUCUACCGCCUUCGCCUUCCAGAAGAGAGCAAUUGGCCAGCAGUACAAUUUGUUUCCGCAAACGAGUCCACUGCUGUCGUCUUUGCUUUCCAGCAAACCAACGCCAUCAAGCCUGCUCCUCCGCCGCUCAGACUGCAAGGUCUCGACCCACAAGCGAGGUACUGGAACGAUUAUGACAACUCAACGUACUCCGGUCAGACGUAUAUGAAUGGAGGGUUGAAUUUGGACUUCCCUCAAAGGGAUUACCAGAGUAUGUUGGUCUGGUUGUACAGGCAGUAA